GUCGCUCGGCGGCUCCUGUUGGGUCGGCGGCGUGACGGACUCACUGCGGCGUGUCGUCCGCGCCGCCAAGCUCGUAGCGCGCCCGCCCUCCCGGCCGGCCGGCCGAGCUCCCGCUUGCGUCCCCCGGCUGGUCCGGGAGAUCCGGGCACCGCUUCGACGGCGGCUUCGCCGGACCCGCGACCCCGGUCGCAGCCCGCGCCCCGAGCGGACGGCGUCAUGAGGCACCUGCCGUAUUUCUGCCGCGGCCAGGUGGUGCGGGGCUUCGGCCGCGGCUCCAAGCAGCUGGGCAUCCCUACGGCUAACUUUCCGGAACAAGUAGUUGACAAUCUCCCAGCUGAUGUAUCCACUGGCAUUUAUUAUGGUUGGGCCAGUGUUGGCAGUGGAGAUGUUCAUAAGAUGGUGGUGAGCAUAGGAUGGAACCCGUACUACAAAAAUACAAAAAAGUCCAUGGAAACUCAUAUCAUGCAUACCUUCGAAGAGGACUUCUAUGGGGAAAUCCUCAAUGUGGCCAUCGUUGGCUACCUCAGACCUGAGAAGAACUUUGAUUCUUUAGAGUCCCUUAUUUCAGCAAUUCAAGGUGAUAUCGAGGAAGCCAAGAAACGACUAGAUUUACCAGAACAUUUGAAAUUGAAAGAAGAUACUUUCUUCCGGGUUCCUAAAAGCAAAAUAAUGAAUGGCCACUGAUGAAAAAUCAUCUUACUCUUAUUUAUUCAUUCACUGUUUUCUCGUAUCUCACUACUCAUAACUCCUCAGUUGUUAUAUUUUAAAAAUCAAGACAUUUUCCUACGGCUGUGAAUUAAACAGUACGAUGUACUUACCACAUUAUGCUUCAACUGUUCAAAUUCCACGCAUCAUGCUGUAGUACUAAAAUGAUUCAUUUUAAAAAUCAAGCUUCUUUUGUAUGCGAUAUGUCAUUUGAAAUGUACCACUAGACAGGUCUUAAGUGUCUUAUAAUGGGAAUGAAAUGUGUAUAAUUAUGGGUAAAAAGGCAAGUCACUGGUUUUGAGAUGAGGACUAUAAUUCUCAUGGUAAAAAGUAGCAUGUAUGUAUCUGUGUAGGAUGUGCUGCUAACUAGAGAAGGCUUAUAAAGAAGUGUAUUCACCAGAGCUUUGAGAGUUUAUUAUAAACCGAAGGGGGAAAAUCCAUACUUUAUAUUUUUGAUAUCUGGUAUGUUAAUAUAUUACAAAUAGACAUGUGGGGUUUCACUGUAGUUAGUCAUUUCCUCUAUGAGGUCAAAUCAUUGUCCUGUGUUCCAUUUUUGUUACAGCUGACUCAGUUCCAAUUGGUCUAGACUUCCUCUUCCUAUCAUCUGUCUCCUAGAGCAGUAAAAUGAGUGUUUUUCUAAA